UAUCAUAUCCACACAUUAACAAUAUCCAAAUUAAGCGAACUUGUCUCAACUCGUUACUCACCCUUCUUCACCGAUCACACUUCCACUCCUCCAUGGCCACCAUCCUUGAAUCCAUCGCCCUCGUUACACACCCUUCUUCUGCCAUAUCUCCUGUCGUCGCCCAUCGGACUUCUUCUCCCAAGUUCCCUCGUUACGUGGGCCUCAGGCCCAAACCCAAGCCCAGGCCCAUAUUCUCCACUCACUUUACUGCUUCGCCUACUUCCAGAAUCGCUAGUCGCACUUCACGCCUAGUGUGCGAAGCUCAGGAUACCGCUCUGGAUGUGGCUUCUAUCACUGAUGCAAAUUGGCAAUCACUUGUACUUGAAUCUGAUUCUCCAGUUUUGGUUGAAUUCUGGGCUCCAUGGUGUGGUCCCUGCAGAAUGAUACACCCUAUAAUUGAUGAACUAGCAAAGCAAUAUGCUGGUAAACUCAAGUGUUACAAACUCAAUACCGACGAGAGCCCUUCAACUGCUACUCGGUAUGGGAUUCGAAGUAUCCCAACUGUUGUGAUCUUCAAAGAUGGUAAGGAAAAAGACACAGUUAUUGGAGCUGUGCCCAAGUCAACACUGACAUCAAGCAUAGAAAAGUUUGUAUAAGUUAGCAAUGUAAUGAAUGCCUUUAUUUCCUGGAAAUAAGGAGCUCAUUUUUCUUAUACAAGUCCAUGUAUCAUGUUUCCAUAAAUUUGCUUUCUCAAAUACUCAGUUAUGCUCCUGUAUAGUUUUUAUCAGAUGCAACCUUAUUUUAUAUUUUAAGAUUAAUCUAGUAGUUACUGAUUUCUUGAGUAAA